AUGGCACCCCCAAAGAAGAACAGAGCCAACCAACCCACUAACCAAGCCACUCCGAGCACCAGCAAGGAUAACCCAGGAUGGGCUCUCAAAAAGCUGGACGGGGAGAUGUUCACCAGGGCAGACAUACAAUACGAUCUGAUGGCCAACAUCUUUAACGACCGUACUUUCCAGUUCACUAGCCCACUCGACCAGCGCGCCAUCUCCUUCAAAGAACUCUAUGUCGAAACCCUGUCGAGGUUCAGUAAGGCUGCCAAGAGUACAGUCAGACAGUUGGACGACAAUCCUCAAUGGGCUACGAACUUCUGUAUCGCUUCAUUCCUAAUCAACAUCGGACGAAUCAAUACCACUGUGGCUUGCAAGUCCUCCAUUACUCUCUAUCCAGAGUUGCGGGCGUACAUGAGAACCUACCAUCCCAUCCCAUGUCUCCAGAAGGAUGAAUACUGUCAAACCAAUUUACAAGACGCUCCGCGGAUCAAAACCAUGUUGAAAUCCUGCCAAUUACCUUCUGAAUUCGGCAACGAACCUGAAUCGUUACCGGACAUCGCCAAGAGAAGCGCGCUUGGAUACAGACCUCCAACAACUGUUGUCAACCUCAUCUUUGAAUUAUUCAGCGUUGAACCUUACGUUAGCAUGAAGUACUUCCCGGAAGGAUUUGUUUUGCAUGACCUCUUCUCACCCACCACAAUCCCGACCAAAUUGCGAGCCUAUGCCUUCCUUUGGCUGAUGCACCAUUUCCUGGAAGACCCGUCGGCACUAACAGACUUCCAACACGAGUCGAAGGUCGAGGCGUUUCAGCUGGCCCGACUGGAAGACAUCCAACCCGACUCGACCUUGGGCGAUAGCCCUGAAAACAUAGACACCGAAGAAGAAAUCCAGUGGGGAAAAGAUAUGCAAACCUAUAGACGGGAGUUUUUGAAGAAGUGGAGGGGCGAGGAAGGGAUCGGAUUUGUGGACGACUUGGGGACUGGGUUCAUUGCUCCCUUGAUCGAAGAUUGUUCGUCCCAUCUCACGUCUCUUUUUCUCUUUCAAGCGAUCGUUGAUCUUAUCUUCGUUACUCGUUUCUUAUUGACUGAAUGUGAUGUCAUUCGAUUUUCAAAAUCAGCUCAACUGACGAAGAAGCAGAAGAUCAUGGUCCAAAACUAUGCGCAAUCCUCCGCAAUAGAAGGCGAUGAAGGGCAGACAAGCCAGGCGCAACUAGCCGCCAAGGGCUCGACGCCUGGCUCCUCGAUUCCUCCUUCAGCACUCAUCGGCUCGGCCAAGUUCGAAAACCGAAAGACGACCACCAAAGAGCCUGAGAAGAAAAGUAAGACGGUCUCGAAAGCCCGUAUGACGCACAUCGAAAGAUUGCAGAGCGCUCUAGAUGCCAUAGUCAAGUACGGUGAUGAUAGUGAUCUAGAUGGUCCAGAUGAUAUGCUCACUGCGACACAAAUUGCCUGGCGAAGGUAUCAGACUGAUGUGACUGAGGACUUCGAUGUCGCCUAUGAUUCCGAUGAUCUUAUCCGCCAGCCUAACCCGACUUGGAAGCCCAAAGAACUAAAGCAUCGCUUACUAGGCUUUGCGUUUCCGGUGCCGACGGCCAAUACGAUUACCCCCACAGAGGAGGAAAUGAAGGAUAAAGUGAUCCGAUACGUCGGAGUGAAAAGACGGACACCAGCUUCCAAUGUCCCAGCCGGUGGCACCACGGGGGGCAGUAGCAAGAAAGGCUCGAGUGCCACCCCCGGAGUGGGGGGCAAUGAAGCCGGCUUGGCGGCCACCGGUGCUCCGCCGAAUCCGGCCUCCAAUCCUCCGAAAUUGAAGCGCAAACGGAAGGCUAACCAGCCCCCACCGGAUCCCGCGUCUAUCACUUGCCUGCCAAAGCCAGACCCUGAUCAGCCGGCUCAGCUCAACACUCAAGGAGAACUCCCCAUUCACAUGCUCUCAAGACCUCCAGCAUAA